AUGAGGGACUACCAGUCCUUCGCCCCCGCGGCCCUCGCCCAGCCGGCGGCCACUUACACGCAGUACGACGGCCUCCACGGCGCCGCCCUGUCGCUGGCGAGCCGGUUCCGGGGCGCCGAGCUGCGCAUCCCCGACCUGAUGAAGGUCUUCGCCGGCUGGCCCUUCUCGACGAGCCCGCACCUGGCCCGGCUGCGGGCGCUGUUCGACACGACGCUGGACGGGUGCAUCGGCGACGAGAAGAAGCGCGAGGCGCUCAAGAGGGCCGACUUUGGGUGGCUCAUUGCGCUGUGGUAUCCCGACUCGGAGUGGGCAGAACUCGAGGCCGUGAGCUACCUGGGCCUCUGGCUGUUCGUGUGGGACGACGAGAUAGACGUCAUCGAGACCGACUUCUCCAAGAGCGCCGAGCUGGCCCUCCUGCACCACCGGUCGACGCUGGCGUACGUCCGACGAGCUCUCGGGGUGUCCGCCGCGGGAGACGACAACGACAACAGCAACGACAACGACAACGACGAGGGCAGCGCGCCAGAGAACAUGGCCGUGUUCGGCCGCUUCGGCGAGCUGACGCGCGGGACCAUGAGCCUCGCCCAGCGCCAGCGGCUCUCGAACGAGCUGCACUCGUUCGUCGCCCAGGUCGCGGCCGAGCACGUGUUCCACCUGGACUGCAGGAUCCCCUCGCCCGAGCAGUACCGCGAGAUCAGGCGGGGGACGGCGGCCGUGAUGCCUGUCGUCGUGCUGGCCGAGUACAUGACCAGGACCGAAAUCCCCGAGGCCCUCUCGAGCUCACCGGCGUUCCGGGUUCUCGAGAGCACGACGGUGGACCUCAUCUGGCUGAUCAACGACCUCUACUCCCUGCCCAAGGAACUGGCCGACGACACCGUGCUGAGCAUCAUCCCCGUCCUCCUGCAUAGCGGGUCGAGCGGGUCGAGCCGAUGGACCCUCGACGCCGUCGUGGAGAGGAUCCUGGCCGACAUCCGGGCGUCCAUGGACGAGUUCGAGGGGGCCGCCAAGGAGCUGCGGGCGUUGGGGGCCGGGGACUCGGGCGCAGCGGCGGCGGCUGCUGAGACCUUCAUCCUGUACUGUCGUCGUCUCACCGCCGGGGUCGUACUGUGGACGAUCCAGUCGCCUCGAUACGGCAUCCUGGACUGUACCAACGCGGACGGGUCCGUGACGAUUCAGCUUUGA